GGCCUGCGGGGUGAUUGGGCGCCUGGGAGGAGCCAGACGUACUAUUAAAGCCUCUCUACCCCCCCCAGUCUGCUCCACUCCAGAGUUGAAGAGAGUCUCCGUCUGUCAGACGGAGAGCUGUGUGUGUCGGUGUGAGGAGAGAAAGAGAGAGAGAGUGUGUAUCUGACUGUGUGGAUGUUUUUUUUUUUGUUUGUCGUUUUCUUAUUGAGCAGCAACCAGAAACUCCAUCUGAGUCUGACCUGGACUACUCCUUGUUCUACCCUUCCAGGACCGAAGCGGCUCGGCUGAGUGGUUGCCUCUGAUCACAGCUGGAGGGAUAAGCUUCGGCAGACGAGCAGGACGUCAUAAAGAGGAUCAGAGAGGGCUGCCGUGUUACCGCUCUCACUACUGGCUCAUCUUCGGACCUUUGAGUUCUUCAUUAAGGCUCUGAUCCCGAUCUCCCGCCCCCCAAGUGGGUCGCCACCGAGGUGACAGAGGCAGUCCGGACGGUCUUGAUGUGGAAUUUGACCUCAGCUGACCCAGUCCCACAAGUAGUCUUUGACUGAGGAAAGAAGAAAAAAAGAAGGAGAGGAGCGACAGAAGAAAAGCGAGGACCUCAGAUCAGCGACUGGUCCCGCAGUGAUGCCGGUGGAGACGCUGAGGCCCUCAGAUGGCCGCCUGGCCGGGGUCGCCUUCACCUCAGGCAGACCCUUCAGAAUACUCAACAAGGGUCCCAACUACUUCCGCCCCCCUGCCGAGACAGGAGCCCGCAAGCUGAGCGCCGUGGAGCGCCUGGAGGCCGACAAGGCCAAGUACGUGAAGAGCCAGCAAGUGGCCUUGACUCGGCAGGCGCCUAUCCAGGCACCACUCAUCCGGAAGCCCCUUGUCCCCCCAGUGAUGAUGCUCCAGGGCAACGUGGGCGCCCCGACCGCCCGGAAGGUUCCCCGUUGCCCAGCUGAUGUGGAGAACCGGGGAGGCGGCGUGGUGCUGGGGGAGAGGAGACCCUUCAACCUGGAUAUCCUGAAUAAUCUAAUCAAUGAUGUGUGUGACGGAGCACAGUCGUCUUCCUCCACCUCCCCCUCCUCUUCGUCUCCAUCAUCAGGGGUGAAGAGCAUCUGCAGUAGCCUGUCUGCAGAACAGGAUAAGAGCAACAGACUCGUCAACAACCUCAAACCCCUGAACCACGGUACCAACAACUCCUCGUCCACCUCCUCCUGCACGUCUUCCCUGCUUAGCAAUAACCGUUGCGUCCCUGCAGCAGAACUGUCCCGUCGUCCACCCCCCGUCCCAGCACGGGUUGUACGGGGGGUUCAGGCCCCCUACAACGCCCCUAACUCAGUGACUGUCCGCAGAGUUGACGUUCGGCCUCAUGCUGAGGUGAAGAAGCCACCGAGAGUUGCAUUGCAUCCCCACUUGAGGCCUCGACAGAUCCCCCAGGGUCAGGUUGCACACUCCCAGCUCCCCCCUCCACCGCCGCCUCCUCAAUCACAGAAUCAGCCACCAGCCAAGGUCAACACUUCAUCCCAAACUUUGGCAUCGCCUCCGGCCUACCCACCCCCCAGCCCUAUGCUGGUCCGAGCGGGCAUCAUCCCGCCGGCCUCCCCAGCCUUCACACGCAUCUCCAACGCCAGCUCCAAAGGCUCCUCCCGCAAGCACCCAUCCCUGCACCGCUCCAAGUCGGACCUGAGCGACCGCUACUCGCGCGCCACUGCUGACCUGGAGCGCUUCUUCAACUACUGUGGGCUGGACCCAGAGGAGGUGGAGGGACUGGGCGGCGUGGAGCGCUUCACCCGGGCCAACUCAGACAUUGUGUCCGUCUCCAAGCUCCGCAGCGUCAGCACGCCGAGCUCGGAGUGCGGGGACGACGUGGAGCGAAUAAGGGGGUACGGAGGCGGUGACGAGGAGGAGGAUGAUGAGGACGGGCCCUUGAGGACGAACGACAGAGUCCCCUACGGGAUCUCGGUCAUCGAGAGGAACGCACGAGUCAUCAAGUGGCUGUACGGCAUCCGGCAGGCGAGAGAGGCGAACAGUGGCGUCUCGAACGUCUAGACUGAUGAUGACGGCUUGUUCGUUCUUGUUUCGCUGCCUUAUUUCCACGUUCAGGAUCAAUGUUCCGGAUCAAUGUUCCGGAUCAUCUGGUAGUUUGUCUUCAGUUUCCUGAGAGGACUCACUUUUACUGGGCAAAAAGACAGAAAUGAGUCAGUUUAUGUUGGGGGUGCAUCGAUUGCAAAUUUCUGCUCGAUUAGUGGCCUUUCGAAAUCUGACCUGCUGUUUCCGAUUUUUGCAAAAUACCAAAUGUUUUGCUUGAAGAGUUGGUAAAUUUAGUGUCAGAGUCACUAAGUUGGCAAUAGUGUGGUAACUAUUGUUAAUAUGAAGACGUUGUCGGGUCUGUUUGUGUACCGUCUCUUACGGUACACAAACAGAAAAUCAGCAGCUGAUUUCCAGGUCACAAAAGAUCGGUUUCACAUGCAAGUAUUGGCUGAUUGGCCGGCUGAUCAGUCGGUGCACCCCUUAGUUUCUGUUCUAAAGGCUGCAAGUCAGGACUGCAACUGGACAAUGCAUUGUUACGUUCUUUUAGUUGAUCUCAUUGGUAUUUGCAAGCAAUAACAGAUUAUUGUCAAUGCUGGUGAGAAUGAAGGCAGAGGGUGCUAAAAGGUCCCUAUAGGUACUGUAAGUGUACAUGUACGUGUGUGUGUUUUAUACCGGAGUUUGGCUACAGACUGCCAAAAAGUUGCACAGCACAGAGAAGCAGAGCAGCAAGAGAAGCACGUUCAUACUGUGAAACCUACAAGUAAAGCUUCCACAAAUAUGUUCGUAUUUUUAAAAAAUUACAGAGAAAAUGGCUGGCUGUAAGACUGUUACCAUAAAUGUUUCUGUCAGCAUGUUUGUAUACACUAUACCGUAGCACGUCAUAUCAAAAAGAAAGAAAGAAGAAAAAAAAAAUCAGGAAGCGAGCCCCAGGCUUCCAGAUUCACAGCACAUCCAGUUCAGUCACAGGGGAGUUUUCAUCUGAUCCUUACUUGUUGCCUCCGAUGCAGCCUUGGAUUACUCUGCGUUGGCGCAGCCUGGGAAAUCGGUUUACCACGUGCGUCUUGGCACGGGGGGGAGGGAAGAGCGAGUCAUAUGAUGAAGGAUGAUCUCACAAGCAAACAGAGGGCGCUCCGGGAUCUGUGGUGCACGAAUAUGUCCGUGACUCAGGAAGAUGGCAUAGUAACAAAUGGACCAGUAUUUAUUUGGAAAACAUAACUUAAUGGUUUUUUUUUUUCACUAAAAGGGGAUUUUGUGUACAGAGAUCAGACUGAGUCGCACAUGCAUUUAAAUGCACUCACACGUUCAGUGAGUAAACAGAAGGGUUGCGAUGUGUUAGCUGCUGCUCCGCACGGAGCGCGAGAGAAUCGCUCUGUAUUAAACUUCCUGUUUGUUGCGUCUGUUGAACUGUUCUCAGUCUGGUCUGGUCUUCCUCUUCUUCACACCAGAAUCAGCAGUAGCAUGCAGUGGCAAUCAGAUCAGAGAGCAUCUGAAAACAAAAUAUGCUUUUUUUUUUUUUUUUUUCAGGCACUGGAUGCCCAAAGAGUCUUUGAUAAAGAGGUCCGAAAUGCUUUACAGUGUUGUAUCCCGAAUCCAUUAAUAAAAUAUGUUUGAGUAUUAA